CCUUUUUUCACUGUUUUUUCUCGUGGAUGAAAUUUAUUAAUUCCAUGUCAGAUUGGACUAUUUUUAUUCCUCACAUGUGAUGAUACCUCUUUAUCUGUUUUUUUGGAUAUUUUAAGGAACUGGUAUUUCCUUUAUUCUUCAUCUCUUUUUUAAGGUCACAACUUUCUCUUAUUUUAACUCCUGAUGCCUUUUGUCAUGUCUGACAAAUAUCUAGGCAGGAGGCUGCAAGAUGCUGCCGAGGCGACGGAUGCCAUGGAUACGGCAGCUGCAGCAGCAACAGAAGGAGGAGAUGGAGGUGGAGGUGGAGGUGGAUUGGAUUUGGGACGUGGUGCACAAAACUUAGCUAACAAAUUUGUAGACAAACUGAAUGAACUUCCAAUACCUAUGUGGGCAAUCAUUGCAAUUGCCAUAGUUGCUGGACUCUUACUACUCUGCUGUUGUUUCUGCAUAUGCAAGAAAUGCAUAUGUAAAAAAAGGAAAAAGAAAGAAGGAAAGAAGGGUCUGAAGGGAGCAGUUGAUCUUAAAAGUGUUUCCAUGCUCGGAGCAAGUUACAAGGAAAAGGUACAGCCUGAUGUUGAGGAUUUAGAUGCUGGUGUUGAGGAUCAGGAAGAUACAGAUUCUGUGAAAUCAGAACUGAAGUUAGGAAAACUUCAGUUCUCAUUAGACUAUGACUUUCAAGAAGGAAAGUUGAAUGUUGGAGUGAUACAGGCAGCUGAUUUGCCUGGUAUGGAUUUCUCUGGCACUUCAGAUCCAUACGUCAAGGUAUACCUUCUACCAGAGAAGAAGAAGAAAUUUGAGACUAAAGUGCAUAGAAAGACUUUAAACCCAGUCUUCAAUGAGACAUUUACAUUCAAGGUGCCAUACAGUGACAUUGGAGGCAAGACUCUGACCUUUGCAAUCUUUGAUUUUGAUCGUUUCUCUCGCCAUGACGUGAUUGGUGAAGUGAAAGUUCCUCUAAAUACUAUUGAUCUGGGACGUGUAAUCGAAGAAUGGCGUGAUCUACAGAGUGCAGAGGUUCCAGGUGGCGAGGGUAAAUCUGAGUUGGGUGAUGUUUGUUUCUCUUUACGUUACGUACCGACUGCUGGUAAACUGACGAUAGUUGUACUGGAAGCAAAGAACUUGAAGAAGAUGGAUGUUGGUGGAUUAUCAGAUCCAUAUGUCAAGCUGUCUUUGUACAUGGGUGGGAAGCGUCUAAAGAAGAAGAAAACCAGUAUCAAGAAGAGAACGCUGAAUCCAUAUUACAAUGAAUCAUUUGUAUUUGAAGUACCAUUUGAGCAGAUACAGAAAGUGACGCUAUUGGUAACUGUGGUGGAUUACGAUCGUAUGGGCAGUAGUGAGCCAAUCGGUAAAGUUGUACUUGGAUGCAAUGCGUCUGGUGCGGGACUAAGACACUGGAGCGACAUGUUAGCAUCGCCACGACGACCAAUUGCACAAUGGCACACACUUGUAGAACCAGACGCAUAAAACAAGAUGGCUGCCAACAUAAUGAAAAAAACUAGUUGCUAGGCGACCUGUACUUACUAAAUCUAAUUUAAUAUAUUUAUUAUUGUUUUAUUCUGGCUUAAUUACUACUUCAGCUGAUAAAACAAAAAUAAAUUAAACAAAAUAUUUAUUGAGGAGAACGUAAAAAGCAUGUUACUGAAAUCAGCAGAAAUGUUGAUUUACGAUUUUAUGAUAAAAAAAAAA